AUCCCCUGGCCCCUCUGCUGUCUCGCACAACUGAGAGCUCGUCUUGCAGGCAGGAGCAGUGGGGCGAAAAACUCGAAUAAACCUCUCUCAGGCACUCCAUUCUCUUCCAAUUAUCAUCAAUCAUGCGCCCCAAGGACAGAAUUUCUUACUUCUACGAUGGAGAUGCAGGUAAUGUCUACUUUGGGCCAAACCAUCCAAUGAAGCCACAUAGAUUAUGCAUGACUCAUCAUUUGGUUCUCUCUUAUGAUCUUCACAAAAAGAUGGAAAUAUAUAGACCUCACAAGGCAUAUCCUGUUGAGCUUGCUCAAUUUCAUUCAGCUGAUUAUGUGGAGUUUUUGCACCGCAUAAACCCCGACACGCUAAAUCUCUAUCCAAAUGAGUUGGCAAAAUAUAAUCUUGGAGAAGAUUGCCCUGUUUUUGAGAACUUAUUUGAGUUCUGUCAGAUUUAUGCUGGUGGAACAAUAGAUGCUGCUCGUAGAUUGAACAAUCAGCUCUGCGACAUUGCUAUAAAUUGGGCUGGGGGAUUACACCAUGCCAAGAAGUGUGAAGCAUCUGGAUUUUGUUACAUCAACGACUUGGUUUUGGGGAUUUUGGAGCUUCUAAAGUAUCAUGCACGUGUCCUGUACAUUGAUAUAGAUGUGCAUCACGGGGAUGGUGUUGAAGAAGCGUUUUACUUCACCGAUAGGGUUAUGACUGUUAGUUUUCACAAGUAUGGGGAUCUUUUCUUUCCUGGAACUGGUGAAGUGAAGGAAAUUGGAGAAAGAGAAGGGAAAUUUUAUGCUAUUAAUGUCCCUCUCAAGGACGGGAUAGAUGAUGCCAGCUUCAAUCGACUGUUCAAGACAAUUAUCUCGAAGGUUGUUGAAACAUAUCUACCAGGAGCUAUAGUUCUACAAUGCGGUGCUGAUUCACUUGCCGGUGACCGCUUAGGCUGCUUUAACCUAUCCAUUGAUGGGCAUGCUGAAUGCGUCAGGUUCGUGAAAAAGUUUAAUUUGCCAUUACUGGUAACUGGAGGAGGGGGUUAUACAAAAGAGAAUGUUGCUCGAUGUUGGGCUUUUGAAACAGCGGUUCUCUUAGACACCGAACUUCCGAAUGAAAUACCGCAGAAUGAGUAUAGUGAAUAUUUUGCUCCAGAUUAUUCACUGAAGAUCCCAGGCGGGCACAUAGAGAACUUGAAUAGCAAAUCUUAUCUGGGAACAAUAAAGAUGCAAGUUAUGGAAAACCUCCGGUGCAUCCAACAUGCUCCAGGUGUACAGAUGCAGGAGGUUCCACCUGAUUUUUACAUUCCCGACUUUGAUGAAGAUGAGCAGAACCCAGAUGAACGCAUGGAUCAACAAACCCAAGACAAACACAUCCAGCGGGAUGAUGAAUAUUAUGAAGGUGAUAAUGAUAAUGACCACAAUAUAGAGGGUGGCUAAACUCUGAAGCUAACUUUGUCUAUAGAUUUAGAUGGUUUUUUUAUAAAUUUGUUGCAAACUACUUUUGCUUAUGUUAAUGUUUAUGUAGACCGUAUAUAAUUUUUGAAAGGAGGAAAAUAGCAGAAGUUAUGACCAAA